AUGCCUCCGGAAGAGAUUUCUGAGGCCAAAAGUGGCCGACAUUUUAAUAACCGCGUAGUGUUGGUCACCGGGUCGUCGUCGGGCAUCGGAGAGGCUAUUGUCAAACUGUUUAGUUUAUUGGGCGCUAAAGUGGUGGUCACCGGUAGGAAAGCGGCUGAAGUGAAACGAGUGGCAAACGAAGCGCACCAGUUAUCGCCACAUAAACACAGACCGCUGGAAGUGGUGGCGGAUGUGACCAAACCCGACGAUCUGAAGAAACUGAUGGACGAGACAAUCAAAACCUAUGGUAAAUUAGACGUAUUGGUGAACAACGCGGGAAUGUUUAAAAUGUCGGGAAUUAGAGACAAUAAAAACUUUAUGAAGAUAUACGACGAGACAUUUCAGGUAAAUGUGAGACCUGUGCUUAAGUUGAGUCAAUUGGCUGUACCACACCUGGAUAAAACUAACGGCACUAUAAUUAGCACAUCCAGUCGACUGUCAGAGAACCCGCAUCGAUUUGGAUCGGCGUAUAGUAUGUCCAAAGCGGCCAUAGAUAUGGCUACUAAGGUGUUGGCACUGGAAUUGGGCCCUAAUAUUAGGGUUAAUUCUGUUAAUCCAGCUCUAACUGAAACCAAUAUGAAUGCUUAUGUUGAACCAGAGGUUAUGAAAGUGUUGAUGGAUAGGGUUAGUAAAGAUACACCACUGAAACGGUUGGCUCAGCCCCUGGAUGUGGCCAAAGCUGUGGUAUUCCUGGCCUCACCGGACGCACAGUUUAUUAACGGCGCCCACAUUCACGUCGACGGGGGUUUCAAAGGUUGUACUUCAAGUCUGAGCUUUGAGAUUAAUAAAUAA